CAAGACAACAGCUUCACAUUAAAAGCCAUCGCAUUGAAGGAACUUGACGACCUGAACUGACUGACUGUGAUCACUGAUCCACUCCCCCCGCCAUCUCGCCAUCUUGUCCAUCGUAACACUGCUGGCACCUCUUCCCCCUCCCUUUUCCCACCAUCAGUGUGCAUCUCAUCAAAAUGUCGAUCCACCACAUGUCCUACUCGGUGCAUUUCAGCAAAGUCGACGAUGAGGUCGCCUUCCUCCUCGCCGCCUUCGGACACAUGGGCUUGAAGGAGUUCCUGCGCCCCGUCCCAGGUGUUGUCGGCUUGGGCGAGUCGGCACCCUGGUUGUGGAUUGUCGGCGUCGAGGACCGUCAGCCCAUUCCUGAUGACACCAAGAUCUUGAGAAACCAUGUUGCCCUACAAGCUAAAGAUCAAGCACAGGUCGAUGCAUUCCAUGCCGCGGGGCUCAAGGCUGGCGGGACGGACAACGGCGCACCAGGCCUGCGGCCCGAAUACCACCCAAAUUACUACGCAGCCUUCCUCCUCACUCCCGGGGGCCACAACAUUGAAUGUGUCGCGUAUCCUCGCGCUGAUAGUAGUGCGACGAAUUGACGGUCCCUACCGCCUCCGGCCUGGCUUGGGGUCGCUGGUGCUGGGAAGGAGGCAGGACACCUAAUGCGAGACGAUGCUGGGGACACGAACUCGCCUGGGCCCUUGCAGAGAUUGAGUCUGGAGUCUAUCAGCGGAGGGCGUGGCCGGGGGAAAGGGAACGCCUCCCGGAUCUGGGGUAUGUAUAUACGAUACUAGCAGAAGUUCCUAGCAUGGUUGGGAUGUAGUUGGAGGAGGGCAAUCAAUAGAUUCGAUUCAAAUUGGCCUGUCUCGUGUCCAGGAAAUGAAAUAUCC